AUGAUGCAUGCAUUCCUAUGUGAAGGUACAGAGAAAAGAAUAUUGCCAGCUUGCAUUCAUCAUCGUCAUGUAGGCCCAGCGCCUGGCAUGCUGACUGCCGUAAAAACAUCUGGUGAACAUAAGCAAAGGAUAAUAUUGAAUGUAUCUUUUAAUGGAAUAAUAAUUAAGGAUGAUAAAUCUGGGGAAAUUUUGCAUCAUCAUCCAGUUCAUAAAAUAUCUUGUAUAUCUCAAGACACAAGUGAUAGCCGUGCAUUUGGAUAUGUAUUUGGCUGCCCUCAAACUGGUCAUCAAUUCUUUGCUAUUAAAACGGAGAAAGCAGCCUCGCAAGUUGUUUACACUUUGAGAGACCUGUUUCUUGCUGCACUUGAAUUAAAAAAGAAGGAAAUAGAAAAGGCUAAAGAAACGCAGAAUGAUGAAGCACAGGAUGACCAACAAGAUACAAAAAAGUGUAUUUCAAAUGGAUCUGCGGAAGCUCCUGCUAGUAAUACUGUUCCUAUUGAAAAUGGUGUUGAUAAAAGUCAAAAUCAUAUAAAUCAUGAACUUUUAUAUUCAAAUACUGUUUCACUGCCUGAAGAAAGUAUAGAUGAUACUUCAAAAACCAGAACACCUGAAGCAGAAUCAGCAGUUGAUACUCUUUUAGAUCUUCAGUUUGAAAUGGAUACUUUGCAACAGGGUAUUUCUCAGAUGGAUCAUAGCAUUGCAUCAGCUGCUUCACAGAGUUUGGGUUUUUCAUUUUCAGAAGAUGACAUUUCAGAAUCCAGCAGUAGUUCUGUUCCUACUACAUUCCAGCUAAAGCUGGAGAAAUUAUCAUCUCUCUAUCAUGAGACUUUGUCAAUGUCUUCUCGAUCCUCAUCUACAUCAGAUUAUAAUGCUUUUGCAUCUGAGAUUAAAAGUGAAGACGCAGAAACUGUCAAAGAUGUAUCUGUUAGUAGUACAGGCGUUAUUCCUAAUCAUAAAGUAAGCCCAUUGUCCAAAAUUUCACCUGAAAAUGCCAGUGCUAUUGCAAAGGCUUUAAAUGAAAAACCUGCUGUUGAAGAUAGAUAUGCUGUGUUUCAGGAUAUUGAUUCGUUACCUAGCAUAUUUGAUAAUCCAAACAUUAUCAGUUCUUCAUGCACAAAAGAUAUAGAUGAAUCCUCGAAUGUUACUAAAUUGAAUGACAGUCAAGAAAGUGAUAAUAAUAGUGAAGCAGUAGCUGAUGUUAAAACAUCCACACCAAUUGUUUUUGCAGAGCUAGAUCCAUUAGGAAACCAUCCUUAUGUUGACAAGAAAUAUUUUUUUCAAGACAUAAAAAAUCCUCCAAAAAAAGUGUUAAAAGAUUUAGCUGGUGAUAGUGGAGAAUUGUUUCCAAGUUCAAGUGACUUGAGCUAUAGUAGUACAGAAAUGAUACACAGUUCCACAAAGUAUGAUAGUGGUGAAGUGCAGCUUUUCCAAAGUUCUUCAGAAGCAGAUAUUUCUCAAAAUGGACUUCGAAUGCAUAAUUCUGAUGUUCUUGGAUUUACUGUUGAUCAGAAAUUGUUUAAUGCUUUCAGUGAAAUGAAUGGGAUUUCAGAAUCUCAGGUUCCACCUAAACUUCCUCCUAAAAGAUCUGUAAAUGUUCCAUCUCCUUUUAUUGAUACUGCUAAUGGCCAAGAUAAUUUUCAUGAGGAGAUCGGCUGGGAAACAAAAAAUCCAUUCAAUCCAUUCAUCAGCGAAGAAUAUCCCGAUAUCCCACCACCAAGUUCACCACCACCUCCCCCUCCACCUCGAUUACCAACAAAAAUUGCAGAACCUUUAAGCAUGUCGCCACCUCCACCCAGGCCUCCAAGUCGAUCCAAUGGCAUACCAACUCCUCCUUUGCCAAAAAGAAAAUCCCCUUUCUCUUCAGCCAGUCGUACUUGGUUUUCAUUUGAUCAAGAACCUGUUGCAUUUUCCAUUGCCUCCUCCAGCAUUGAACCUGAUGCUAACAAUCAUUUUGUUCCUCCUAUUCCAUCGCCUGCUAGGAAAUUGCCAACAGCUGGCAAAUUUGAGCCUUCUGCAUUGAAAAGCUCAAGUGCUUCCAGUAGUCCAGCAACAUACAGGAGAUUAUAUAAUCAGAAUCUUCAUUUAUCAAACUCUAUAGUAGCAAAAGAAAUAGAUGACAAAAACAUUAAGCCAAAUGAAAUCAAAAGUGGUUCUCCGCAUAAAGUAUUAUCUCGACAUUCCUCCAUAAUGCAAGAAAAUGAUUCGUAUGUAGUUUCUGGAUUUAAUCCAUUUACAGAUACUAAUUCAGUUGCUGAUCUGACAUUUCCUGAGUCUACAGAAAAUUCUAAAAUACUGAAUCGUUCACCACCAUUACCUCCUAAACCUACUACUAUAUCACGACCUAGGCCUUCACCAAGUAAAAAAAUGCUAGCAACUGCUGAUAUAACUUCACAAUCUAGCUCAAGUCUUUCAGUUGUAGAAACAUCAGAUGGUAUACAUUCGUCUAGUUCUUUAGUGUUUUCUAGCAGUGAAGGUAAUAAAAGUGGUAGUAGCUGUGAGGCCUUUCUUAGUAGCACAGGAAGUCAGUCUGAAAUAUUUCCUCAGAAUGUUUUAGAAACAACUCAGCAGUCUUCCAAUAAUAGUCAGCCAGAAGAUAAAGCAUGUGAAUUGAGUCCGGACAGUAUAUUCCGCCGGAAGAGUGAUCCUUUUGCUGAUGACUUCUUUUUGUCUUUACCAAAAAAGUCAUGCAAUAAUGCAUCAUUAGCUAUAAAAAAUGAAACAAAACAUAACUGCUCAAAUGGUAUUGACAGUCACUUUGAAGACUUAAAAAAGCUGAAUUUAUUGAAACGAGAUGUGAUAUCCAGCUGUAAUAUUCAAAGAUAGAUCAUACAUAUUAAAAACAAAUUAAAUGAAGGCAAUAAAUGUUGGAUUUGCCUCACUGCUAUAGAACUUUAUUGACGAAUUCUGUUGAUGAUGUAUUGCAAGAAGGAAGCUAUACCUGCCUUUCUAACCUAGUUAAGAUUGAGAUAAAUACACCACAGACUGCAAAAAAAAAUGGUUUGUGACGAACUUAUUAUUAACUUCAGAAAAUUGUUGAAUAUUCAAUAUUUGUUAAAUGUAUGUUACCAUACAUCAGUCACGUACAAUGAAAAAUAUACAGAAAACAAUUAAGCUUACAUAGCAUCUUAUUGUGAAAGAAAAAUGAGCUCUAUUUCCCUUAAUUCUCCCUUCACGUAAAGUUUUUUUUUUUUUUUUUUUUUUUUUUUUAAGCCACAGAGCUCGAGGGCUCAUUGUACUUUAAAUAAAUAAUGUACAUUCAUAUACAUUAUUUAACAAAAACAUAACUAAAUUCAGAUAUACACUUUUUGAACAUUCCUCAAAUUUAUUAUUCUGUUAAGAAUAAUUUGUCUAAAAGAAAUCUUUAAUAAAUAUUAGAAUUCAAAAUCUGAUUAAGGUCAAAGUAGGGUUACAUCAUCUAUACAGUUUUAGUUGACCAAAAUAGAUGUUUGCUUUAGAAUAAAGUGGCUUUCAAAGAGCAGACAAAAUGAGAAAGAAAGAAUCUGUGGAGGAAAGCAGCAGACAAAAUGGCAUCAUUUCAAGCUAGCACAACAGUUUUAAUUUUAAGAUUAUGUAGAUUUUUUAAAGUUAUGGAAAAAACACAAGCUAAGAAAACAUGACAUUUUAAAAAUGCAGAAAUUCUCAUUUUCAUAUGAUGUGCAUCUAAUUAAUACAUAGUGUACAAGUACAGAAUUACAGUGAACUGAAAUUAAAGUGAUCAUUUUUAAUAUUCCUACAGUUUUCUUAAGUUUCUGAGUGAUCAUUUUGUAACAUUUAUUAUUUUCUAUGUAUAUAAUAUUUAUUAAUUUUGCAUAUUAGUUUCAUUAAAUUUUGUAUUAAGAAGUGAUGUUAAAUAUGAUAAUGUUAAAUAAUGCACAAAUGUAAUUAUGUGUUUAUACACUUAUUUUAAUCAUUUUACAUACUUAAAAUGCUUUUGCCAUUACUAUGCAAUCAUUUGAAUGAUUUAUUGCUUUGACAGUGACUGUAUGAUAAAUUUAUUUACCUGGUGUUUAAAUCAUUUUAGAAUUUUUAAAAUACAUUUGCUUCACUUUUGAAGUUAUAUUUUUAAAAUUUUAUUUCUGAACAUUAAAUCUUUCACUUACAAAAAUAUUUUAUGUACAUUUUUUUAACUAUUGAAAAUGACAGAUUGCAUCAUUUUUCCGAUAUAUUCUUUGGUGAAUAAAUAUUUUUAAACAAAUCAUUUCUGAUUUUAGAAACUUUUCCAAUUCUCAUGAAUGAGUGAAAUAAAAUGUGGGAUGUACUGAAUUCCCAGAAAAUAUAUAUUUGAUGUAAGAAUAAAUAAAUACAAAACAUUUCAAAAUAUAAUCUACUUGCAUGCUAAAAGCAGCAGCAAGUGGCGGUAAUAAUGCUAAAUAAAGUAAAAUAGUACAUUUAAAAUUCAUCCCGUAUCCAGUUCAGAAUUAACCAAAUGCAAAAAAUAAAAACUAGAAGCACAGUAGCAAACUGCAUGAAAAAGGCAAAACAUGUCAGAAUCAAAAAUGAUAACGGAAAUUUAUGUCAUUUGCUGCAUUGUCGCCAAGGGAUUGGUGGAACAAAAUAAAUAUAUCAGCUUCUAGGUGCUGGCAUAAUAAUGAAUGACACAAAUUACUUUUAUUGUUUUUCUGAAAUUAUUUGAAGUAUUAAACUUUGUGUCUUUGUUGGCUUACAGGCCGAUUUAUUUAUUUCUUUCGUUGCUCCAGCCCCCCUGAUGACAGUGCAACGAAAGAUGUAAAUUCCCCCUUUUUUUUUGUAUCAUUUUGUUUUGCCCCUUUGCUGCAGUUUGUUAUUGUUCUGGCUUUUGCAUUUGGUUUAUUUCAAUUUGAAUAUGGGGUGGAUUGUAAAAGAUUUGAAUUUGUUUUUGAAUAAAAAGAUAAAUUCAUGAAUUAAAAAAUGUAGACCAUUCAUUGGUAAAAAAUAAAUUUGUAAUUCUUUACCAUUUACAUUUUUGAUGCAGUUAAAAAUUAUAAUUCAUCUUUUGGUCUUUAUUUAUAGUUUUCUGAUCAACUUUAAGCUAUCAAGUAAAAUAAUUUUGCCAUCAUUUUUAAUAAAAUGCAGUGAAUCCUCCCAUGGGAACUGUCCAUGGAAGUGAUCUAUAUAUUUUAGAAUAUAAUUAUGUAUCAGUAUCAAACAUCAUUUUUUAAGAUGAUUUAAGCAUCAUUUUACUCCAUCGAAGAUCAAACUCAUCUGGAACUAUGGAUGAUCUAUCUUCUUUUUAAUUAACUGAAUAACUUUAGUAACAUGUCUUCCCAUAUAAAAGUCAUGAAAUGAUUUAUUAUAGACUUUCCCAUUAUUCAUAUUAAGAAAAGUCUUUCCCAUGCUCACUGAAUGACUGCUCAUUAAAUCUGCUUUAUUCAGUUAUUAAAAUUGCCUUAUAUUUUAAAGCAGAUAGAAAGAUGCUAAUGAAUGCAUUUUCAAUAGAAGUUCCUGAUAAACAGUCAAGCAGUGAUUCAAGCUACAUAAAUAUGUUUGUGAAUUGGAAAAAUUUGGUAAUACUUAUCUAUUAAAUAUUGCAUUUGUUAAAAUUUCCAGUUUAUAACAAAAAAAUCGGUAUAAUAAAUUAACUUGCAAACAGGUAUAAAACAGGUAUAUCAAAGUAUAAUAAAUUAACUUGCAAACAGGUAUAAAAAUUGCACACAGACUUUAAAAAUAAGUAAAAUUACAUUAAAAUUAAGAUUUGUGAUUGGUUUGUGGUGAAAAAGCUCAAUGUAUUUUGAGAAAUAAUGUUGUUUAGCAGAAGUUAAUUAUUUUACAUGCAUUUAUUUUAGAAAAAAUAGGAUGAAUUUCAUUUCUUAUUCUUUGUCAAUGUUUUAUUUAAUAAUUAUGUAAUUGUGCUAGUUCUAUAUUUCACUUAAACAUUGGCUUUUAAUUUCAUAUUUUUUUUUAAUUUGAAGUUUCCUUUUUGUUCAAAUCAACAAAUGUUAGGGCUCAACUGAAAUUGCUUGUCCUUUCAAGAUUACAAUAAUGCAUAAGUUAUUCCUGUAAGUAUGAAAAAUGCCUAAUCAGUCCAAGAGUUAAAAUCCAGGUAUUGUUUGUAAAUAGUCACUGUGCAGAAUUAACACUAAUAUAACUUCUUUGAUAUGUUGUUAUGAGUUAAGUAUAAAAUAAAUGGUGUAAAAUAUCCAGAAUGGUUAUUUUAAGGAAAUGAAACAAUGAGAUUGCUUUAUAGGCAGUGCAAAUUAAGGCUACAUUGAGAAUCUCAUUUGUUACUUUCACUUCUGCAUCUAGUAGUUUCAACCACUUAUUUAGUCUGAUAUGUAGAUGCGAGGAAGCUUGCUAUCUUAUAGAUUAUUAAUUGCAAGUUUUUAAAUGAAUAUCUCUUUCCCCCUUCUUUUAUUUGUUUCUUUUGGGGGGCAGAUUGGGAUUAUAUUUUUAUUGUUAAGACAAAAUAUUCGAGAUAUAUACACUUUCAUAGAGAUCUUUUUGAGGAAAACUGGCUCAUAUUUAUGUUACAGGUAAAAAACUGGCAUGCAGCCAGCCUAUUCGCUUAGAUAUUAACCCAGGUCAAAAUACUAACAUUUAUUUUAUACUUAAAAAGCUUUGAGUGCUUUUAGCAGUCAGCUUCUAAUAGACUUUUUUGGGGGGAGUAAAACAAAUUGUUUUAAUUUUAUCAUAUUUUUUUUUCAAUUAUGAUCUACAUUUUAAUCUUAGAAAGAACAUAUUUGAAUAACGACAAAGCACACUGGGACUAUUUGCCAUAAAGGAGAUAUGCUUUCAUGGAGGAUCUCUCAGGCCAAAUGGCUUAUAUUCUUCUUUCUCAUAGGAAGAAAAACCAUGUAAAUGCUCUUGUGGCCAGCCCUUUUACCGGAAUUUGAACUUGGGUGGUUCUCAAACUACCAUAGUUUGGUGGUUUUAUUCAAUCAGCCACUGAUGGGCUCAACAAAGAAUGAUUGGAUUCAAAGACAUAAUUGUCUGAAGCUUGAAGGGGAUAAAUAAAACAUUAGUAUGUUACAAAGACUUUUCAUCACCUGUGACAUGCAUAUCGUAGUUGAAUUCCAAUACUGCAGCCAAAUAUUCAGAUUCAUAAACAAAAUCAUUACAAAAUAAACAGUUAAAAAAUUGAAUUUUUGAAGUUAAUUGUAAAAUUAUUAAUCCAAAAGUGACUUUUAUCCUAUUUACUUUUUCUUAAAGUUUCUUUGUAGUUCUCGGUAUUUAGAUUUUCACACACACACACACACAAAAAAAAAAAAAAAAAAAAAAAAACAAUUUUUAAAGUCGUGCAUCUAACUUUAAUUACUUGACUGGAGUUGUAUUAAGUAAUAACUAUUUUCAUGCAGUCUUGAUAGCAAAGUAGCAAAUCAAUAAAAAUCUUAAAACUAAAUACAUUUUGUUGUAGUUAUGUUUGUAAUGGCAUAUUGCUAGCUGACCUCUUUGCAUCUUUUAAUGCAGAUACAUUUGGGCAAAAGGAUUACUAAGCACAUUUCAGGAAAGUCUUCCACUUUUUGUGUUUGUAUCUUUAGCGGUCUGUAAGAUAAAUAUUGUUCACAAAAUUUUCUUUUUGCUGCACACAAGUAUUAAAAUCUUAUAAUUUAUAUCUUUGUAGUAUUUGUAUUUCUGAACUUUGUACCUUUCUGAAAAUAAGUUUGUGAAAAUCUUGAAAAUAUCCCUCCUAAUUUCUUUUAAUUUGAUUUAUUUUAUACCAUUAAUUUGUCAUAUGAAUUAUAUUUAUGUGUGCUGAAAAAUACAUAGGCUGUGAUUCACAGUAAUUUACUUUUUACCUAUAUUACAUUUUGCAAUUCAUUAUAAACUUAUUUUCAUCAAAGUUUUUCUAUAGUUUUGCUUUAUUACAGUUCUCUUUUCUUAGUGCAGUUCUUAUUGCAGAGAAACACUUCAUUGAUGUGAAGUAUACUGAUGCAUUUAAAACACAAUAAUCAAAAUUAUAAUAGAUCAUUUUGUAUGUUUAUGUAAAAUCAUAUUGAAAAAAAUCUACUUAAAUGGUUUUUCGUUUUUGCAUUAUAGUAUUUAACUAUUUUAUAAUUAAAAAGCAUUUAUUUAGAAUGUUUCACUUUCACACAGGAGCUUAGCUAGGAAAAGUACAGUUUAAAUCCUUCCCUAAGAAACUGUUGAAAUAAAUUCUUCUCAUUUAAUGCUUCAUGUAAAAGAAAAAUAGUUGUUCCUAAAAUCCUUGAUCUUUACAAAAUAUUUCCUAAAUAUGCUCCUGUAAUGGAAGUUUUACAUUAGUCCUGGUGCUAUCUAUAACUUGCAUAAGUUGUAUCAUCCUAGCAUUUUAUUUUUUUUUUUUUCCCCAAGCUUAUGAAAUGUUGGUGCUUUUUGAAAUUAUGUGAAAUUAUUUUGCAUUUAUUUGAAACAUAGAAAGUCAGCAUAUAAAAGUUGCUCUGUUUAGUGUAUUAUAUUGUGUAAUGUUAUUAAUAAUUUAAAACUUGAUUUUAGAAGAAAUUAAUUUUUACAUAUUUUCAGAAUUUGCAAAUAAAAAUUGUAAUCUGUUCAGCUUCCUCAAAUGAAAUUAUCUAAUAUUGUUGAAAACCACUUCUUUACAGUGGUGUGCAUCUAGUAUGAAUAAAAAUGUUACUGCUA